AUGAGGUGUAUGGAGCGACUUGGGCGAUGGGAUGAAUUGAAUGAUCUGGGGAAGAAAGCAUUUUCGGAACUGUCGCCAACAACAAAUGCUGCAAGAAAGCAGAGCAUGGCAAUAAUUGCGGCACGAGGAAGUUGGGCUGUUGGAGACUGGGAAUCAAUGAGUAAUUAUGUGAAGGAGAUUAAUGAGAACAAUCAGAAUGGUUCAUUCCUUCGAGCUGUUCUCAGCAUUCGAAACGAGAAGUAUCAGGAUGCCAUGGCUUAUAUCGAAAAGGUAUUCCAAUGA